UCUCACAAACGUAAAACCCUCCCAAUCUAAAAACCCUAUCGUUCUUCUUCUUCUCCCAAACCAAAAAUCUAUUGAAUCCACGAACAAACUCUCUCAAUCCACAAACAAACCUUCUGAAUUCGAAGAACCCUAAUUGAACCCCUUGUGAAUCCCUUCUUCGCUUACGAAAUUCCCUCUUCGCUCACGAAAUUUCCUCUUUCGUCUCUCACGAAAAUCUCACGAAAUUCCCUUCAGCCACCGUAACAAAUUCGCUUCUUCUGGGUGUAUAUCUUCUUCUGCCGCCGUAACACAAUCGGUGGAAGCCUCCGACUACGUUCACAGCUGCUCCCUUAAAUCCCUCAGUUUUCACAGCCGCUUGUACUCCCUCCCUUUACAGCCGCAUAAACUCCUUCCGACUACGUUCAUUUUAUUCGGCUGCUCCGUUGACACGCCCUCUGCCAGAUCCUCCCUCAGCCGUUCGUUUCUUCUCAACGUUUGGCCGUCGUUUCGGUUAAUUAGAUGGCUAGUAACGAGGAUCAACGACAUGAUGAUGAUAUUGAUGAUGGAGAUCAUGAGGACAUUGUUGAUCAGGAAGCGGAAAUUAGAAGAGGAAUAACACUUAUGAAGAAAGUCAUUCAGAAAAGAGACCAAUGCAUACUAUUAGAUGCGCAUUGGAGCGAAAGUGGCCUACUAAUUGAGCCUAACGGUUCAAAGAUUACAAGUUUUAUUGGUGCACUCGUAAGGAAUGCAAGUCCAAUUACUUGUGAUGAAUGGAGAGAUAGAAAUUUGAAAGAAGCUAAAGACAAACUUUGGAUGGAGAUACAGAGGAGUUUCAACAACAUGGAGGAUAAUAGAAGAAAACUUUGUCUCAAGUUGGCCGGAAGACUACUAAGAGGGUUUAGGACUUUUUUAACUAGGAGAUAUCUUAGGGAUGCGAAUAAAAAUUUUGUUGAUGCAGAGUAUCUAAAAAGAUAUAAAAGUUUGAUUUCACCUGAAGAAUGGGUAACGUUUAAAGAAAAACGAAAAAACCCAAAAUUUCGGAGUAGAAGUGAAACAAAUCGGCAAAGAGCAUCAGGUCCCCCAUAUCCAUACAGAAAAGGGCAUAUGGGAUAUGGACGCUUGGAACAGUCUAUUUUAACAAGGGAGAGUAGUUCUGAAACAUCUGUUCCACCACAUGUUUUGUGGAAGGAAGCCCGCGUGGGAAAGGAUGGAGUUGUCAAAGAAGAUGUUCAAAAAGUUUUUGAAAAAUGCGAGACUCUAUCUCAGUCUAUAUCUCCAGAUGAAGGCAAUGAUUGCAGGAGCAUACUUAGCCGCGCAUUAAAUGUUCCUGAAUAUUCUGGUCGGGUGAGGGGUAAGGGAUUUGGAAUCACUCCAACAUCCUUGAAGAUGAAAAAACAGAAGGCUCCUAGUAAUAGAGAACUGCAGGAAACCUUGUAUGCACUACAAGCUGAAGUCCGCGAAUUGAAAAGGGAAAAAGAAUUAAGAGAGCAAGCUUCAUGUUGUAAUGCUACUAGUGACAAAGGUAGUAUCGGUUGUAAUUUUCGAACCGAAUCUUCCAGAGGGCAUUUCACCUUGCCAACUCUACAUAUCGUCACCAACUUAUCGGAUGGUUGGCAAGGGAAAAGUGCAUUAUACUUUGGGAGAAUUACUUCACACUAGACCGCUCCCUACUGGCUGUUUAAAAGUAUCAGUUGACAUUGCUGUAGAGAAGGAUGCGUUAUUACCGCAUCCUGACGAUGUUUCGGAUGCCACAUUGGUGGGAGAUGCAAUAGGUUCGUUUGUUGCAUG